GAGGAUGAACCAUACAUGGGUCGUAUCCAGCAGUACUUGACAGAUCUUCUGGGUUUCUCUGACGAGAUUAGUGAGCCGGCAAAGCAACCAAAUAUACAAGUGACCAGCAGCCGAUCCCCAGACACCAAGCUAGGCAAGUACCUCCAGGGCCUGAUCUCCGGUCCCAGCGGCAACGACCUCACCCACGGCAUUUACAGGCUACAGGUCGAGGGCAAGGACGGCGGGAUCUUCAUUAUCUUCAUAGGCAAUGGAGUGCGUCAGGUGGUGGAGGGUGACUUGCCGAAGGUAACUCCAGAUGUAGCAGUGGUUAUCAGCAAGGAGGACCUGAUGGCCAUCUUUGAGGGCACCCUGGCCCCCUUGCAAGCUUACCUCUCGGGCCACCUGACUGUCCAGGGCAACAUCCAGAUGCUGAUGGGGCUUGAGACACUGAGACAGACCACCAAAGACAAAGACAAAGAGGACAUCUUUGUGGUCUGAUGUUAAAUGAAACGGUGGCACUUCCUUUCCUCCUGUCUAUAGAAAGGGGUGUCAUGGAGCAGCGGAGGGAGAUUUUUGUUUUGUAUUGUUUUGCGUCUGUUUUUAAAAGUCAGAAUUGCAAGUGUGGAUCGGUUUCCACAUCUGGAAUUUGCACAAUUUUUUUUCAUUUUCUCUCUCAUUCUCAAUUUUUAUUUAAGGUUGUGAUUUCUGGCUAGUGUUUUAUUUGCAUCUGAAAUGGCACGAGGGAUAGUAGGAGCACAUUUCAAAGCAAAACUUUCAUGUGUAGUUGGUGACACAUAUUAUUUCCUCCAAAACUAAAGAAGAAAGUGCCAUUUUUGUACAAGUUGAUUACCUUAUUAGUAAGCUUUCCAUUAUUGGUUUUCAUUCUUUCUCAUAUUAUUCCAGUAUAUGCAACUUUUCCCAGUAUUCAUUCUAUCAUUACAAUCUCUCAAAGAGAGUGAUCUCUAGACAGACAAUGCAAAAUCCUUGUCACAAAGGAAGUAUAAUGUAUGACAGUGGCUGUCUCCAUUUGCCUGCUUUCACGGCAUAUAAGCAAAACAUGCUAUCUCUAGAAACGUAAGUCUUGUCAUGAGUGGCUGGUUUACAUGUAUAAAGAAAAUUGUCUUUGCAUUUUAUGCGACAUGAAAGAAAAGCAAAAAUUAUAUAAUUUAUCUUUUUUAACCAGACUGCAUACUUUGAUAUUAUAGCAACUGCCAUUUACUUGACUAUAAUUUUAUUAUUGGUGCAUAUUGUUUUCAAAACAGAGCAGCUGUUUGUUAUGUUACUGCAGAAUUACCUUAUUAUU